AUGCCUCCCAAAUUCCGCAGCUCGAUUUCGAAGAGCCUAUCGCGGCCCUCGGACAAUGGAUUGAUCUUCUACUGUCCAUCCUGCUCAAUCUGGAGACGUAGCCUGACAACGCGUCCCCGCGGCAAUGUCACUCCGCGACGAGACGAGAAACACAUUUCAUCAUCGCCAUCGAUACCCUCAGCAAAUGCGUGCCGCCGUCAGCUUGCGACAUCGACUUUGGUCAGCGCUCGGAGGAACGUGCCAGAACGGUUCAGGGAGCUGUAUGAAGCCUUGAAUCGGGUCAGGGAUGCCGCGCCGGAACAGGUCAAUAUCAGCCGGUUACAGCUUGCAUUGCGUGGGUUGGAGUCGGAAGUCCCGCUUAUCCGGGUAGCUGUCCUCGGAUUAAAUGACGCGACCGCUGCGCGCAGGCUCGUUCGUCUGCUGCUUGCUGAUCCCUUGAGUUCUCGGGAACCCUGGGAGGAUGUAUUAGAUUCUGAGGAUGCGGAUAUGUCGCGGGGGCUGCUGAUUCGAUACGGAGAAGUGACGGAGACGAUCCCUAAUGACCUCCUACCUACGAUCUCGGUGCCCUCAUCGAUCUUGAAGAAAGGCAAUAUUGAAAUUCUGGUAUCCACGCUCGGCGCGGAGACGGAGUUCUCACCCGCCCAGCUUUCCGCGGAUACAUUCCUCGUGCCCACGGUGACGAUACCCAUUUCGCAGUCCGGCCGGCACAAUGCAGUGCGCUACCCAGUCCACAGGAGUAUUGUGUGUGGCAGGGGCGUAGAUGGUCUACUCGCAUACAGCGGCUUGGUCGCUCGAUCGGACCUGAAGAAACAAGCGCGGUUGGUCUACGGAGCUAUUGCCUUGCCUGGCGCUGCCGCGGAAUCAGCUAGCGAUCGCAUAAGCUUUGUGGACCUCGACAAAGCCGAUGUCGCCUUGGCUAAAUUUCGCGAAUCCGUGCAGAACGCGUCGCUAUACGAGCAGGGGUGGCAUCAGAGUGGUGUGCAGCCGGUUGUGGAUUGGCUGUCCUCCUUGCGGGCAGAAGCAGGAGCGCUGGAUCCCUCCCUGAAGACUCUGAUUGAGGCGCUGAUUGAUUCGGCGGAGACAAGAGUGAUUACAGAGGAAAACAGGAGGAUACUGGAGCAAGAGAUCGAGUCAGUCCCUGACCACGUCCGCGAGCAACUGAUCCAAGUUGUAUCUUCAUGGGCGGAGAGGGCUCACACCGAGCUACAGAGUUCGCUCGAAGAAGGAUUCGCCAGCAAACCGUGGAAAGGCCUCGCAUGGUGGAAGCUGUUCUGGCGAGUGGACGACAUUGGCAUGAUCACGUCUGAGAUCCUGGAGAAGAAGUAUCUCUGCCGAGCGGAGAAGGAUGUGAUCUGGACUGCGGGCAAAUUUGAGCAGGCUGGCGUGCUUGAAGCACCCCGGAUUUCAACCGAAGAGGUGCCCGCCGAGCCUACGAAAGAAGAUUCGAAUAGUGCUGAGACUCGGACAACGCCAGCGCAACCAGCGGAGCCCUGGCCGACGCAGAUCAGCAACAGCCGAGCAAGGCUCCUAGACACCACUGUGCCGUCUUUGCAGGCUCUGGCGCAACGACUCGUGCUCUUCAGCUUAUCUACUACGACGCUGACAAGCGCGCUCUCGGCGUUGACAUACAUCUCGCUCCCCACUGCCUCCAUCUAUGAGACCGGCACAAUGGCCGCAGUGGGGUUGAUCUACUCUCUGCGGCGACAGCAGAAGAAGUGGGAUGCCGCCAGAAACUUCUGGGAGGAAGAAGUCCGGGAGGAUGGCCGAACCGCUCUGCGAGAGACAGAGCAGCACCUGCGCACAAUUGCGCAGGAGGGAGGAAGACGGGUUGAAGAAGACUCGCCAGCCAACGCAGCCCGUCAAAGCAUUGACCAAGCCAGGAAAGCUCUUGAAGAGCUAGAUUAA